GUAAACUUAAGCGCUUUAUUUGGAUUUAACAGAACUAGGCUGCGCGAGAAGAUGCCGAAAUUGGUCCCUGUUACUGUUGUUACGAUGGACGCUCAGCUGGAGUUUUGUCUGAAAAAUAAUGCGUCUGGACGGCAGCUACUCUCUCAGGUCUGCAAUGCUCUAGGCAUUAGAGAGAUGUGGUAUUUUGGUCUACAAUAUACAGAUAGUGAAAACAGACCAAUGUGGGUGAAAACGGACAAAAAGAUACCCUUGACCCAGAAAGACAAAGAUGGACGAUACCGGUUUCUCUUCAAGGUAAAGUACUAUCCCGAAGAGGUGUCCGAAGAACUCAUUGAAGAAAUCACCAGGUUAUACUUUUAUUACGACGUUAAGGAGGAUAUCGUCAACGGAACUAUCUAUUGCCCUGCAGAUACUGCACUGCUUCUAGCUUCGUACCAAGCCUUAAUUCGCCAUGGGAAAUACGACCCAAGUGUCCACAAUACAGGUUUUCUGAAAGUCGCCAGAUAUCUGCCGCCGAAUGUGCGAGAACAGUACAAUCUAACGGACGAAGAAUGGGAAGCUAAAAUAGUUAAAUGCCAUAUAUCCCACGGGGAUAUGUCGAAGGAAGAUGCCAUUAUGGAGUAUUUGAAAAUAGCUCAAGAUUUAGAAAUGUGCGGAGUAUCUUAUUUUAAAAUCAGAAAUGCUAAGCAAACAGACCUGUGGCUGGGCGUUGAUGCUUUGGGAUUAAAUAUUUAUGAGUAUGGUAACCAGUUGACACCAAAAAUAAGCUUUCCCUGGAAUGAAAUACAAAAAUUGUCUUAUUCGCGUAAAAAAUUCAGUGUCAAAGCUGCCGAAUCAGCGGGAAAGGGAUUUACAUUCUACACCGAUAGCACCCACACGUGCAAGCUUAUCCUGAAUCUUUCCACUGGCAACCACAGAUUGUAUGCUGUUCGACGGCAGCCAGACUCCAUCGAGGUGCAGCAAAUGAAAGUCAAAGCCAGGGAGCGUCAAACUACACGCGAAGCUGAAAGAGAAAAACUACGCGCUGAAAGACAAGCAAGAGAGGUGGUAGAAAAACGAUUCCGUGAAAUGGAACGUUUAAUGCAAGAAAACGAGGAGACUUAUGCACGUACCCAGUCAGUUUUAGAACAAUAUGAAGCCAAAGUUAAUGAACUAAACUCACAAUUGGAAGAGGAGAAACGUGCACGGCAACAACUUGAAGACUUACAACGUCACUUACAAGAGACAAAUCGCCAGUUGGAAAUGGAGACUGCAGAAUCAAUGGAGGAACGUCAGCGUCUUGCAGAAGAACGUGAUGCGAUCAGUGAACAAAUCCGCGUACAACAACAAUUACUUCGAGAACGAGAAGAGGAGAAACGCCUUUUCGAAAAUGAACUUGCCCGUGUUCGUGCACAACAUGAAGAAGAAUUAAAGCGUUACAAUGGAGAAAAACAGGAUUCUGAUGGUUAGCUGUUAUAUACACGGGUUGAUUAAUCACUUUUAGUGAACAAAUUUUAGCUAUUUAGAGGUACUGAUUAACCUUCGAGAACAACGCGAUGCAUAGUUUCGGUGGAAUGACAGAUUGAGUUGCAUCUGCAAGCAACCAUUGGUUUUCUUGGUUUCCCCAGAAUACCAGCGACAAGAUGGUCGAGCAAUGUAUACAUCGCAAUUGUAUCCCUCCACUUUAAAAUGUGAUCAUAUUGUAGUCCUCACUAAGUGGAUUAUGCGAACUAUAAGUUUGACAUCACCCCCCCCCUCCCGAAAUAUUGGUUGUCGCAAUUCGUAUUUUUUAAGAAAUUUGAUACCUUUGGACAGCAAAUUGAUCGGUCACAUCUUCCCUCUCCAGAAGGCUUCUGAACACCACCAAAGGUAACAGUCUAAAACUGGUAGUAUAUAUAUAGCUAGUAAAAGCUAUUUCAAACUAUUCCGCUGGUUGACAAGAAACUAUGCACUUAAUAACGUGAAUUACAAGCUGUCGAUGCCGUAGAUGAUGAAUUGCGACAGUCCAAAGCUGAUACUGAUCAAGAUCAUGCUACACGAUUGAAAUUACUACGUCAAGACUUGAAUGCUGUUCGUAAUCGUCAAAAAAUGCAGGCUGUUGACAUUCACUACGAAGAUAAUGUCAGCAGAGGAAUGGAUAAGUAUCGUACUUUAAGAGCCAUCCGUGAGGGUAAUACAAAAAAGAGAGUCGAUCAGUUUGAAUCAAUGUAAUGUUUGCGUGUGUGUGUGUCUGUUGAUUAUCAUUAUCAUUUGUGUGCUAAUACUCAGAAAAAAAAGAAUAGUUAUUAAGUAACCUUCUAUAAAAUAUUGCAGAUAUUGUCGAGUCGAAAAAAUUACUGCGUUGGAAAGCCUGAUUCGUCCAGCUAUUUGUUUUGCUUUAAAUCAUAUUUUUUAUUACCGUCAGUAUUAUUAUUAUUUAUUAACGUUACUAUCAUUACCGUUAUUAUUAUUAUCUUUAUUAUUACUCUAUAUCUAUCCUAAAUAGCAAUAAAUUGAACAACGCAUUCUGUUUUUGUACACCUAACUUUCCUGUUUACAUAGGAAAGAACAGGAAAUCUGGAAUUAUAGUAAUUUUUUCAGGAUUGUGUUUAGGACACACGUAAAUUGUCGAUUUCAUUCCUUUUUUUCUGUUUCUUAUAUUCGGUGUUUGCUCAAUUUUCGUGUUUUCCUACUACUGCUACUACUAAUUUAAUAUUUGCUAUUUUCUACCUUGACCUGGCAGUGUCUCAACACAGCAGAAACUCCGAAUUUAAUCCUUCAUUCCAUUAAAGAUGAAAAGGUGUAGGUAGAUGUAAGACCUGAUAAACUAACCAACAUUCAUUGCAGAAUUCUACUCCUAGAAAUAUAAAUUUAUAUAAAGGUGGUACAUAAUGAAUAUUUCAGUGUCAUAUUUUAUAUUCAUAAAUACAUUUCAUACCUGCUUAAACGUUAUAUAUAUAUAAUGUAUAUAUAUAUAUAUAUAUAUGUAUAUAUAUAUAUAUAUAUAUAUAUUUACAUACGUAUUUCAUACCCAGUCAAAUUUGUAAUUUAUUUUAAAAAAUAUGAAGUAAAUUUUAUACUA